CAAACAUGAAACUAACAAAUAUGUUAAGUUUCCUAAACUUAUCGACCUUUGAAGACGUGUGGUUAUUGCUUUAAAGUUCAGUGAGCUUUUAUUAAUUGAAAUAAAUCAUGUGGUUUAGCAGGUCAGAUCUCAAAGGAUUUUACACAGCAACGAUACACCAAAGUAAUGGAAAGCAUGAAGUGUCUACCGGUGGGGUGCCACGCCUACAGCCAGGGCGCUGCCGGCACCGCCUUCACUCAGCUGGUGACCCACUUCCUCGCCUCGCAGUGUCUAAUCACGGAGCAGUGGCCCACCGACUACUCUUAUGGAUUGUCCAGUGGAGACACGUUUGACUUCAUCAUCGUCGGCGCUGGUACGGCUGGUUCCUUACUGGCGAACAGACUGUCUGAAGUUGAGGAGUGGAAAAUUCUACUGAUCGAAGCUGGUGGAGAUCCCCCCAUGGAGAGCAUCAUUCCCAAUUAUGCAACCGCAACGCACAGAACUCGAAACGCAUAUCAAUAUUAUACAGAACAAGAAGAUAAUAUCGUCGGAGGAGGUCUCGACAAGCGCGCGUACUGGCCGCGAGGCAAGGGUCUCGGAGGCACAAGCUCCAUCAACGGACAUCUUCACAUGCGAGGCAGUGCAGGAGACUACGCACCUUGGCAUAUGUCGGAGGACGAUGGCUGGGACUGGCCGACCUUGAGAGAAUACUUCAAAAAGAGUGAGAAAAUGGUCGACCCUUUCAUUCUUAACAAUCCAGAACUUAGAAAAGAACACGGCACUGAAGGAGAGUUUGUUGUGGAUCAACUGAACUUUACGCACGGAGACAUCGCUGAGAGACUGACUGACGCUUACAAAGAAUUGGGAUUGACAUACUUAGAUGACUUAAAUGGUCCCACGCAAUUGGGUGUUGGAAAAAUCAGAGGUGCAAUUCACAAGGGAAGGCGAGUAAGUUCUGCUACAGCAUUCUUAAAUACUGCAAGAGAACGUAAAAACUUAAAAGUUAUGAAAUAUUCUUAUGUAAAAAAAUUAGAAAUUGAUGCAAAGAACAAAACUGUAAAGGGCGUCACACUUUCACUUUUGUAUGGACACCUUAAAGAAAUGGACGUCAAGCUGGUGGCGGACGUACCAGUUGGAAAGAAUCUACAAGACCAUGUUCGUAUACCAAUACCAGUGACAGUGGAUACUGGAGCUGAGAGAAGAGGCGAAGAGUUUUGGCAGAAAGCUGCAGCCCAGUACUUAGUCGACCAAACAGGACCACUCGCAACUAAUUAUGAUCAACCCAAUGUUAAUGCAUUUUUGUCUGUUUCUGGUGACAAAUCUCUACCCGAUGUUCAAAUAGACCACAAUUACUUUUUACCAAACACUUCAUACAUAAAUUCUAUGUGCAGAGAUACAUUUUCUUUCAAUGAUAGCAUUUGUAAACAAUUCGUGGAAUUUAAUAAAGAGAAAGAAAUGUUCAUAUUCUUUGUAGCGCUCUGCCGCCCCCACUCGAGAGGCGAAAUACUGCUACGCGGUAAGAAUGCGAUGGAACAUCCCAAAAUUUUCACGAGGUACUUCAAUGACUCACGCGAUAUGGAAACCUUCGUGAAAGGUAUUAAAAAAGUAAUGGAAAUUGUUAAGACACCAACAUUCAAAAAUAUGAAAGCUGAAAUACAGAGGAUUUAUUUUGACGGCUGUGAUGACUUUGAGUUUGAAAGCGAUGACUAUUGGGAAUGUAUGGCUAGGACUGUCACUUACCAUGUCUACCACCCCGUGGGCACUGCUAUGAUGGGCAGGUCGAAAGAAUCUGGAGCAGUAGUUGACAGUAGGCUGAAGGUGUUCGGACUCAAGAACCUGAGGGUAGUGGACGCUAGCGUGAUGCCCACGAUACCUAGUGUUAACACUAACGCUCCCACUAUGAUGAUUGCUGAAAGGGCAGCAGACUUCAUUAAGAAGACUAUCAAAGAGGAACAAUCAGAAACCAGAAAGAUGAAUUGUAAUUCUCUGUCUCACGAUGUGUGUUCUAUUACACCUAGUAUGUAUGUAAUAUUAAAAGUUAUUCUGUGCUAG